ACCCCAACAUCAACCACCGACGGUCCUGGGAGCCUCAUGAACCCUUCAACCCAACAAUAACAAACCCAACAUCACCGUCAACAAUUUCAAGGCCAAUGAGUGUGGUGGCUAGACUGGUGCCCGCCUCGCUUUCCCGGACACUUCUCAUAUCUGACCAGGCAUUUGUAUCUGCUGCACCCGUGUGCAGGACACUCCAUGGGGCUCGCUUCGUUCCAGGGUUAUUGUUGGCCAGUGCACGAGAAAUGACAACCAAGGGGAAAGCUG